AUGUCGGGAUUAGCUAAAACGGCAGUUUUGGCCGAGGAGGGCGGUAACAAUCAGAAUAGAAAACGUUCUCUUCACAUCACCGAACAGUGCAAUAAUAAAAGAACUAAAUCUGACGAUAUGAGUGCCAACGAGAAAAAGUCUAACUUUUCUCUUCUGAACCCACACUCUAACGGGUCUGUAAAGUUGACUUCGUCUUCGAUGAACAAGCCUGGUGCAGCGACGAAGAAAUUGGUUAUAAAGAAUUUCAAAAGUAAACCGAAUCUUCCAGAAAACUACCAAGAAACGACAUGGAGCAAACUUCGAGAGGCAGUGAUUGCAAUUCAGACUUCCAAGGCGAUCGCCUACUCGCUCGAGGAGUUGUAUCAGGCAGUCGAGAACAUGUGUAGUCACAAGAUGGCCUCACAACUUUAUGUAAACCUUACAAACUUAGUGGAAGCUCAUGUGAAAGCCAACAUUGAACAGUUUCUCUCAGAGAGUAUGGACAGACAGGUGUUCCUCAAGAGGAUGGAUGACUGCUGGCGUGCACACUGCCACCAGAUGAUCAUGAUCCGCAGCAUUUUCCUGUAUCUAGACCGUACCUAUGUAUUACAAAACCCUAGUAUACACUCUAUAUGGGACAUGGGACUAGAUUUGUUCCGGCACCACAUAGCGAUGAACACGUUAGUUCAAACAAGAACCGUAGAUGGUCUAUUACUACUUAUCGAACGGGAAAGAGAAGGAGAUGCUGUCGACAGAUCAUUGCUCAAGAGUUUACUUAGGAUGUUGUCAGAUCUGCAGAUUUAUGAAGAAGCUUUUGAACACAAAUUCCUGCUAGCCACGGAGCGCCUGUACGCGGCCGAGGGCCAGCGCCUCAUGAGCGAGCUCACCGAGCUGGCCGUGCCGCAGUACCUCGCACAUGUUGAAAAAAGACUACGGGAGGAGAAUGAGCGACUACUGCACUACUUAGAUCCUUCUACAAAAUGGCAAUUAAUUCACACAAUAGAAAGACAAUUACUUAGUGAACACCUAUCAGGUAUUUUAGACAAAGGACUGAAGGCAUUGAUGGACGGGCCCCGGCUCGCAGACUUAACCACCCUGUAUGGUUUGUUUGGACGCGUCAAAGACGGGCUCGUAGAACUGUGCAAACACUUUAAUGCUUAUAUCAAGAAAAAAGGUCGUACGAUAGUAAUUGAGCCGGAGCGUGACAAGACCAUGGUGGCCGAGCUGCUGGACUUCAAAGAGCAGUUGGACCACGUGGUCACCACGUGCUUCCAGCGCAACGACAAGUUCCUAUAUUCCAUGCGCGAGGCCUUCGAGUACUUCAUCAACCAACGUCAGAACAAACCUGCUGAACUUAUUGCCAAAUUCGUCGAUGUGAAGCUCCGCGCGGGCAACAAAGAAGCAACGGAAGAAGAAUUAGAACGCUUGCUAGACAAGAUAAUGGUCCUGUUCAGAUUUAUCCACGGCAAGGAUGUUUUCGAAGCAUUCUAUAAGAAAGACCUGGCCAAAAGACUGUUGGUGGGCAAGUCGGCCUCGGUCGAUGCCGAAAAAUCUAUGUUAAGUAAACUUAAGCAAGAGUGUGGGGGCGGUUUUACACUUAAAUUGGAAGGAAUGUUCAAGGAUAUGGAGCUGUCAAAGGAUAUAAAUAUUACUUAUAAGCAAUAUAUUACGCCUUCCCAGCACUUAUCGGCCGUCGCAGAGGGCGGAGGCCUAGAGUUGUCAGUGUAUAUCCUGACGAUGGGCUUCUGGCCGACGUACCCUCCGGUGGAAGUUCGACUCCCGGUCGAGCUCACGCGCCACCAGGAACACUUCACCAAGUUCUACCUCGCCAAGCACUCGGGCCGCAAGCUGCAGUGGCAAGCUACACUUGGACAUUGCGUUCUCAGAGCACACUUCACACAGGGUAAAAAAGAGUUGCAGGUGUCGCUGUUCCAAGCGCUUGUGUUGUUGCUCUUUAACGAUGGAGACAAUCUCUCGUUUGAAGACAUUAAAACAUCCACCAACAUUGAGGAGGGCGAGCUGCGCCGCACGCUGCAGUCGCUGGCGUGCGGCAAGGCGCGCGUGCUCAGCAAGGCGCCGCGCGGACGGGAGGUGCACGACGACGACCACUUCGCCUUCAACGGGGACUUCACCAACAAGCUCUUCCGCAUCAAGAUCAACCAGAUACAGAUGAAGGAGACGAGCGAGGAGCAGAAGGCGACGGAGGAGCGCGUGUUCCAGGACCGUCAGUACCAGAUCGACGCGGCCAUCGUGCGUGUCAUGAAGAUGCGCAAGGCUCUCUCACACAACAUCCUCAUCACAGAGCUGUACAACCAGCUCAAGUUUCCCGUCAAGCCUGCCGACUUAAAGAAGCGCAUAGAAUCCUUAAUCGACCGUGACUACAUGGAGCGAGAUAAGGACAACCCCAACCAAUACAACUACGUCGCGUAA